CGUGUUAUUAAAGUUGGAAUAAAAAUGUCUGGUUUAAUUUCAAUUGCCUUUUAAAAUCGUCGUGUUUUAAAACUUGGUAUAAUCAUACACCCACGUUAACAGACGUUAACUCUACUAACGGAAUGACUAACCGCGGUUAAAUCCUUAACCCAGGGUGUUUAAGUAUAUAUAUACAUUCUCUGUCCGAAAACUUACUACUAUAUUGUUGUAGCCAGAUGGUUAAAUGCGGGAAGACAUCCCAACUAAACCUGGGUUCGAAUCCCCAUUUUGACGUUUUUUUUUUUAGUUUGUUUUUCUCCAUCUUCUCCAUUAAAGCUGAUGAUCUCCUCCGGCGGUCAGAGCAACAAUUCCGACGACUACGGAGGCGUAGAGUUCUGGUCCAACCCAGAACGAACCGGAUGGCUCACGAAACAGGGAGAGUACAUCAAGACUUGGCGACGCCGCUGGUUCGUGCUCAAACAAGGGAAGCUCUUCUGGUUCAAAGACUUCGACGUCACGCGCGUCUCACGCCCUCGCGGUGUCGUCCCCGUCGCGUCGUGCUUAACCGCCAAAGGAGCGGAGGAUGUCCUCAACAAGCAAAACGCGUUCGAGCUAUCGACGAGAGAUGAGACUAUGUACUUCAUCGCUGAUUCGGAGAAGGAGAAAGAAGAUUGGAUCAAUUCCAUUGGACGGUCCAUCGUGCAGAACUCCAGAUCUGUUACCGAUUCUGAAUUGAUUCUCUUAAUCCCUAAUUUUGGUUUAAUGGGAACUUGUUUUGUUGAUUGGUGUGUGAAAUUUAAGAAUUUAUGUCGGAAUUGGCUUAUUACUGCAAAUUGGUUCAGUUCUUGUGAUGAGUUGGUUUGAUUUUUGUGUGUGUUU